GCGAACCAAAUAUCUUAAUCAACACAUGAUCUUUUUCUAAAACAAAAAUAAACUCAUAAAUUAAUUAACAAUUUGAAAUUAUUAGUAGUAAUUCAGUAUUUUAAUUAUUAUGGGGUCGACCUGUUUUUUCUGUCGCCUAAACUACCCCUCGAUUGGGACGGAAAAUAAUAUCCCCCUGUUUUUGACCUGUCUCUCCGCCGUUAACGUGAACUCGGUCGAAAUCGAGGUCCUUCUCCACCUCGGAAAAGAAGAUUUUCACGCCUGCCCCCAAUGCGUCGCCAUCCUGGAAAAAAUCUCCUCCCACUUGUUCCAACUUGGUCAAGAAUUGAACAAUAUUUACACAAUUUUGCAAAAUUGCGACGCAAAAGGCGCCAGUGAGCUGGAUAAAUUGAGGAGACAAAUUAUCCAAAAUUUCGAUCCAAACGUACACCUGAAUUUGUUUCAGCCUGUUCCUACACCAAAUAAUGAUGACCCCACCAACGUGGAGGAUUUCGCUGACCCCAUUAAGUCCGAGAUUAACCCCGAAGGUUAUCCUGAACAAGACCAAAUUGACCUCGAACUAGUCAAGGUUGAAGCGGACGGUGAAACGGAAGUCGAACUGGGUGAUUUCAUCCUCUUUCCGGACGACGUUGAGCCUGAUUACGUACCUGACACUGAUCCCCUCGAUUCCUUGUCCUCUCCUGAAGAUUGUCCCGUGGAUGAUCCACUCGCAGACCCUCCCCCUGCUCGGAAGCGACGAAUGUCAUCGCCACCAGAGCCAAAAUGCAAAGUUGCGAAAACAGCUACCCCAGUUAUCACGGAAGACCAUAUAGCCAAACUUGUUGAACGUCUCCCGUUCCAGUGUCACAUUGAAAAUUGUUGCCAACUCUUCGAGACGAAAGAACUGCUCGAAAAGCAUACCAAUCUCCGACACACUGUCCACGCUUGCGUCACGUGCAACAUAUUUUUUCCCCUCGUCAGCCAACUCGACCGCCACAUCGUCACGGUCCACCCCGAACAGCCGAACCCUUUAAAAUGCCCCACGUGCGCAAAAGCCUUUACGAAACGACACAAUUUCAACAACCACGUCAAAAGGUGUCACGUUGUCGUGGAGGAACCCGACGCAAGCAAGUUCCCUCGAAUCGGCUGCGUGCAAACGUCCGACACCACGUGGACGUAUCUCGACGUCGCGAUUUCUCUCGUAGGCGACAAAUACGUCUGCAGUCGGUGCGACUGUACAAGGCCGACAAAGGCCCUGCUCAUGACCCACAUCCGGUCCCGACAUACGACCCACCUCCCCUUUGCAUGCGGCUUUAUCGGGUGCGGUUGGCCUUUCGCGAACCAACUUCUGCUAGACGAUCACCUCGCCAAAUCCGGUCACGGAAGAGAGGCUUGCAAAUUCUGCGGAAAAUUAUUCUUUAAACGUUACAUGGGCGAACAUGUCCUUUCCGUGCACGAGGGAUCUAACCGAUUCAUCUGCCAGACAUGCGGAAAGGGUUUCCACACACAAUAUGCCUGCACGAAGCACGAAUCCUCCACGUGUCCCACCCGAAGUGGUACGAAAUCCACGAAACUAACUGCAGAAGAGAAAUCUAGACUACGCGCCGCCCGAGAAUCAAUUUUGGGGCAGGAAAUCGUUUCAAACCCGUGCAAACAUUGCGCUAAGAUAAUUUUUGGGUCAUUGGCGUCUCUUUCGUGUCACCAGGACAAAUGUCGCCACGGCGUGGUGGCGAAAGAGGAGGAAAAACUUGGCCGAGGAAUUUACCUUAUCGGUGGCGUCGUGGAAAUCGCCACGGUCGUCGUUCUUACGGAUCCGCAAGUUCUCAGGUUAAAAUGUAGCGCGUGUAAUAAAACCUUUGUCCACAGACCGGAAGCCGUAGCGCAUGUGCAGGCUCAUCAUUGUGGUCAAUCUUCUUAGCUCUUGUAGCAAGCAUUAAAGCCAAAUUGAACCUAAACUAACUUUAGCCUUAAUUUGUACGUAUUUAAAUAUUUUUAAAUUAACAUUAAAAGAAUAAUUGAUAUCAAAUAAAUCAUGAUAUCCGCUUGCUCCCAA